GGAGGCGGUGGCCGCCGUGGCGAUGCCGGCGACAGCGGUGCCUGCUGCCCCCCGAGGACAGUCCCCUGUGGCAGUACCUGCUGAGCCGCUCCGUGCGGGAGCACCCGGCGCUGCGCAGUCUGCGGCUGCUGACCCUGGAGCAGCCGCAGGGGGACUCCAUGCUGACCUGUGAGCAGGCGCAGCUGCUGGCCAACCUGGCGCGGCUCGUCAAGGCCCAGAAGGCGCUGGACCUGGGCACCUUCACGGGCUACUGCGCCCUGGCGCUCGCGCUGGCGCUGCCCCCCGCCGGGCGCGUGGUGACCUGCGAGGUGGACGCGGGGCCCCCGGCGCUGGGGCGGCCCCUGUGGCAACAGGCCGAAGCCGAGCCCAAGAUCGACCUGCGGCUGCGGCCCGCGCUGGAGACCCUGGACGGGCUCCUGGCGGCGGGCGAGGCCGGCACCUUCGACGUGGCGGUGGUGGACGCGGACAAGGAGAACUGCGCCGCCUACUACGAGCGGUGUCUGCAGCUGCUGCGGCCCGGAGGCGUCCUCGCCAUCCCCCGAGUCCUGUGGCAGGGAAAGGUGCUGCAGCCGCAGAAAGGCAACAAGGAGGCCGAGAGUGUGCGAAGUCUGAACGAGCGCAUCCGGAGAGACGCCAGGGUCCACAUCAGCCUCCUGCCCCUCGGCGAUGGCCUCACCUUGGCCUUCAAAAUCUAGGGCUCAAUAAAAUGAGACUGGGGCCCACGACCUCCAGAGCCUCC